AUGCGACCCAGGAUUUCCACAGGCCCUCAAAGUGCGGAAAGCUCUACACAGAGCAAGGCAAGGAACACCGCAUUACCAACUGUCCGAGAACAAGAUGAAGAGGAGGAAGAAGAAGGACAAGAAAGCAACGGAGGACCCUCUGGAAGUUCCGGAUCUAGGCCAUCUGUGGAGCAGCGACCUCACAACGACGGAAGACGCAACACGACUUAA